AUAUCAUUUUCUAAGCUAAGGAAUUAAAAACAUGUAGUGUGACCAUGAAAGAAAGAGUAUAUAAAGACACUAAGUGUCCAGCGAAAGACACAAGUUAACAACUGUUGUUUCAGUCUGUUUGCCUACAUCCAUUUGUCUUCAGAAUGAAAUUCCUCGUUCUUCCUCUUCUUUUCGCCGUGGCUAUGUCCGCCGAAAUUGGUGUCAACCACGCAGGUGACUCCUACAACUUCCACUAUGCCGCUGGUGAUGCAGGUGGCCACAGCCGAGUCGAAAGCGGCCAUGGCAGCUCUGUUUCUGGCAGCUACAGCUACGUCGAUCCCAAUGGCAACCUUAGAACCGUCAGCUACACCGCUGGACCUGAUGGCUUCAAACCUUCUGGAGACAUUGGAGUAGACAAGAAGACUGCCGAUGAUGCCGCUGCUAUCGCCGCCCUUGCUCCCAAGGCUCCAGAAGUACCAGCAGCCCCUGUGCAUCACUUCAAUUAUGCCCCCUACUAUCAUCACCCCGGAGCUUAUGUACACCAUGCACCCAACUACGCUCACUGGGGAGCUUUCUGGUAAAUCUAUUGGAUUAGGCUUAUGGAUAUUCUGUGAGAAAUAUACUGUUUGUCGAGGCUUUAUGUGAAAUUUGAUGAACCUCUCAAUAGACUGGCUUUGGGUACAAACUGUUAUAUUUGGGAUAAAGCGCUUUCUUGACUACCGCUUAAUUUAAAACAUGCAAUAGGCUUCCCAAUUUUACAAAUAGUCAUUUGUUGUUCCUCUAUACAUUUUGCAAGGAGUGUGAAAUGAUGUAAAUUGUUUUGAUAAAACUGUAAAUUACUAUAAAUAAAAAGUUUGAAAGAA